GGCACGUGCAUUGACUUGGGGGUCGUCCGUACCAAAACGGAGAUGUUGUCCCGUUCGGGAGGAACUCAUGACUUCCGGCCAGCGUUUUCGUUGAAUCCGCCCUCCAAACACGCGCCCCCUCUUUCACUAUUUCAACCCCGUCAAAGGCGCCCACGGUUUCCCAAAUUCUCCGACCCCCCGAAAUGCCUUAUUCUUUCUGGAAACCGUUCUCCAAUCACUCCCUCUCCCACUCCCCCCGCACCAGCUCCUCCGCAGCUUCCACUUCCCCCUCCGCAUAUGAGUCUCCCCGCGGUGGCAGCGACAGGCAUCUUUUCAGCGGAGGCGGCGUCCGGCGGCUGACGCGGCAGCGGAGGCUGAGGCAUGCGACGGAUGACGAGCUCGGCUUGGGAUUUGGGGUUAUUUCUGAUAAGCAGUCGUCGAGGUCCAAGUCUUUGCCGGUUUCUCCUGAUUCCGGUUCGCGGCUGCCGCGGCACGGUGGCCACUCGUCCAAAUCCGCCUUGCCUCAGCCGCUUCCCCUCCCCAAACUCUACAGUGAGAGCUUGGCAACCAAAGGCCAAGGGGAGGCGACUUCAACCUCUGCACCUCAAAGGCAUGGUCUUGGGAAGGAAGUAAACCCAGCAAGGAAAGAAUCAGAUCAAACUUAUAGGCGUAGAGCUUUCUAUCCAAACACGAAUAAGGACAGCAGCCAAGAAGAGGGUUUCAGACUUCAGGUUCCGGCAAGGAGUGCUCCGGGCAGUGGGUUCACUAGUCCUGUUCACAGCCCAAAAAGGUUCAGCACAGUUGAACUUUUUAACCCUGCAUUUCAGCAUAAUAAAUCUUUCCCGGAGAAUAACAAUGUACAUCCAUUGCCCCUUCCACCCGGAGGAGGAGGAGUAUCAAGGCCAUUGCCGUCAUUUUCCACUCAUAGUAGUUAUAGUUAUAACCAUACAGAAAGAUCGGAUACACCGCCUACAAUGAAGGGUCUAUGGCAAAAAAGGAAAUUAUUAGGGCGUGGCACGUAUGGAACUGUUUAUGUUGCAACUAAUCGCGAAACUGGUGCUUUAUGCGCUAUGAAAGAAGUCGAGUAUGCUCCUGAUGACCCAAAAGCUUUGGAAUGUAUACAGCAGCUAGAGCAGGAAAUACAACUGCUUCGACAGUUGAAGCACCCCAAUAUUGUGCAGUAUUAUGGCAGUGAAACUGUUGACGAUCGGUUUUGCAUAUAUUUAGAGUACAUUCAUCCCGGUUCACUUAAUAAAUAUCUCCGAGACUAUGGAGGUGCGUUGCCCGAGUCUGUUGUUAGACAUUUCACUCGUCAUAUUGUUUCAGGGAUCGCUUACUUACACACCACGAAGACUAUACACAGGGACAUAAAAGGGGCGAAUUUGCUCGUAGAUGCAUCUGGUGUUGUCAAGCUCGCUGACUUUGGACUGGCAAAACAUCUUUCGGGACAAAGUAUGGAUUUAUCAUUGAAGGGCAGUCCCCAUUGGAUGGCCCCGGAAGUGAUGCAGGCGGUGCUGAGGAAAGAUGAGAAUCCCGAUAUUGCCCUUGCAGUUGAUAUAUGGGGAUUGGGUUGUACUGUGAUUGAGAUGUUCACCGGACAACCUCCUUGGAGUGAUCUUACCUGGGUGCAAGCGAUGUUCAGCGUAUUGAACAAAUCACCUCCCAUACCGGAAACACUUUCUGCAGAAGGAAAGCAUUUUCUUGGGUGUUGCCUUCAAAGAAAGCCAGCAGAUAGGCCAUCUGCAGCCAUGCUACUUGACCAUCCUUUCUUAAACAUGCCCUCCUCUCCAAACAAACCUGACACGCCGCGCUCAGACACUUGACACAGGAGCGCAACAUAUAUAUAAGUAAAUGCGUAGGAAUCUGAAAAGACGAUUAGGCCCUCUUGAUUUGUAUUUUUUUAACAAUGACUUGGUGAGAUGAAAGUCACAAACCAUGCGUAUUGUGUAUGAUAGUUUCAUGUAUAUCGAGUGAUUAUGCCCCGGGGGCGAGUAUUGUUGUUCCUAUUUUUCUUCAAAUAAAAUUACUCUGUUUAU